GGACACUAGAUUCAUGGAACUCCAUGACCAGACUCUGGUGCAGCGGGCUUGGUCCGGCUGAGAUCAUGUCUACUGAGACAGUUCGAAGAUAAAGAGAGGCACUGCCAGUAAGUAACUAUUCAGCCCAAACGUCCUACCGACGCGCUUUCCAUCUACCACUCCCAACAGUAGAGACCACAAGAUGACGCCCUUUCUGGUGGAAUAUUCUGGCUCGAGCACACGACUUUUCUUCCGUGUCUUCUUUACUCUGGUAUCUGCUCUCAUCACGUUCACAGGGAAGAAAUGUCUCAGCACACGUGCUAAGCUCAAGCUUGCGCAAGGUCGCUCUGUCAAGCUGACGUUGCUGUCACCAUGGCUUUCCGAUUUCGACUCGUUGUCAAGCAUCACAAAGACGCAUACACUACCGGGUGGCUGGCUGGGUAUUGUCAUGGUUGCCGCAUUCCUCUUGGAUCGUGCCUCUGAUCUCACUUCCGCUCUGGUCCAGUCCGUCCCUGUCCACGACCGCUGCGAGUUCGGCACCGGCCUCGUGGUUGGGGAUACGGGUUCGAUAAGUCUCGUCCCGUGGAACGGCGCACCCUACACGGUGGCCUCGCAGGCUCAAGUCGUCAGCCUCCAAAACGGCGGCGAGCAAGGGAUCUAUCGCAAGGCGAACCGCAACAUCAACUUCGCCGCCGACUACGAAGACGUUCUCGGAUACUGGAACUGCACCAGGAACGAUCUAGCAUACAACUACGCCUGGAACGUUCCCACCCAGGCCAUUCAGAGCGACUUGUACCAAUAUGGACUCCUCUACGGCACACCCGUCUCGGUGUCAGCCUUGUCGGGCAAUGCGAGUACAACGCACCUUGUCAUCCUCGACACCUCGGCAGGCAACCAGACACACACGGUGUUCGACGUGCGCAUCGCGGUCGACACAAGUGCCUUCGCCAACGACACCAAGAACAUGCAAUGCUACCAAUGUGUGCUGCACGACACCUACGACACGCUCCGAUCGAUCCAGAUGGCCAUCAACUCUCUCGAAACCUUGUCCGACUGGCGUCAGAUCUUCCAGGGCGCCAUCUACGACGGCUCAGGCACCCCAGCGUCGAACAAUACCGGCGGCAUUCUUGAGCAAGUCCUCAAUUCCAUGACCAUGGUCGCCGGUGGGCAGAACUAUCUGCUUGACACAAGCCACUCAACCAGCACUCAGGGCUGUCUUACCAAUCGUACACGUAUCCUGUGGGAGCUCGUCUUGCUGACGUUCCUGACGGCGAUGACGUUAGCCCUCCUGGUGCUCUAUUGGAUCGGUAUGGCUCUAUGGCUGAAGUGGCUGGCCCGUAGCGGCGAUGCCACUACCAUGCUCAUGAUCGACGAGUAUACUCCCAGCGGUCCCUUGGGGUGGAUGGCACACGGUGUGCGCGAGUUCAAGAGACCACUCAUGGCCUCCGUUGAGCCCGCUGACUUAAGUAAUUGGUAUUUCGGCAAGUGGGCGCACGGAAGUGGGUAUGGGAUCGUUGGCAGGGACGAGCCCGCCAACUCAAACUACGCGGAUGAGGCGGUGAGUAUGGGUUCGGCGAAUUCGUUCAAGAAGCCUGGAGGUUAUGUUCGCGCGGUGGAAUCACCAUAUGAUGAAUGAUCUGGAGGCGCUUUCUGGUAUUGGCUAUAAGGGGUUCAUGAUUCGAUGAGUGGUAUAUUGGAGCAUUCCUUCAGCAGCUUGACUCAGUGGGUAAUAGGUCGAGGGGUUGACCUGGGCUAUGAGUCUGGUAAUGUGCUCUUGAACGACUUGAUUGACAACGAAACCUUUGGAGGAUCGUAGAACGUGGUGGAGCACCUAUAUAGAUGUAAU